AUGGCUACAGCAAUGGGUGCCCAGACUGACACUGGCUCUUGGGGGCGCUCGUACCCAGUGCAAUUCACAUUCUCAAUUGGUGGGAAGGUUUUCCUGUACGGCCAAUGUUUGUCCGACAACUACUGGUUCAUUCAGGAACUGCUCCCUGGUGGAAAGAUGGGUUCUGUGACCGAUUCAGGCACCUGGGACUAUGCAUACGCUGUCCAAUUUCCCUUCAUGAUUAAUGGCCAGGUCUUCUUCUGCGGCCAAAAGAUGGAUACCAACUACUGGUUUAUUCAAGAAAUUCUCACAGGCGGGAAAAUGGGAACCCAAACCGACUCCGGGCAUUGGAAUAACGCUUAUCAAGUCAUGUUCGCCUUUUCAAUCGGCACCAAGCACUACCUCUUUGCCCACAAUAUCGAUACGAGGUAUUGGUUUAUCCAGGAACUCCUCCCAGGUGGGAAGAUGGGAAACGAGACUGAUGAAGGACAUUGGGCGACUCGCUACGCGGCCUUAUUUCCGUUUACCAUUGGGGAUACACAGUACAUCUAUGGCCAAGAUGUAGGCAACCCUUGGGCAAGUCACAGUAAAAGGUUCAGUCAAGGCCAGUUGGAAGUUGACUUGGCUGUUACGGAUCUAUUUGAACACUUGUUUGGGGUUGCCUUGGGACACCCUCCCAUUAAUUACGAACCAACACGUCGCUGGUUCAUCCAGAAAAUUCUCCCUGGCGGUAAAAUCGGUGAUGAAACUGAUAGCGGUAAAUGGAUUGGCAUUUAUACUGCGCAGUUUCCUUUUGCUCUUAAUGGCAAACAAUACUUCUAUGGCCAAGAUCUGGGUGUAGGGAAAUGGAUCAUCCAGGGUCUUGAUGCUAAUGGCAAGAUUGGAAGUGAGCUGCAGAAUGGUAAAUGGAAUGAUGCUCGGGAGGUCCAGGUUCCUUUUGUUGUGGGAGGAAAGCAAUAUUUCUAUGGGCAAGAUUUGUCAUCUCGUGCCUGGUACAUCCAGCAGAUAAAUUAG